AUGUCCACGCCGCCGCCUCCUCCACCACCACCUCCUCGUCCCAGCCGUGGCCUCACUGAUGCGCUUGAGGAUGCCGCCUCGGCCACCCCUCGUCACCCUGCACCUUCCCUCCUCACUCCGUACGCACUCGGACUUGGUGCUCACCCCGGAGCCCUCGUCGCCGGCGCACCCUCUGCGGCGGCCACUGCCAUCCCUACCUCCCCGCUCGCCGCAGUCUACAUCAACCACCAUGUUCCCAUCGUCCUGAGUCUGCAGCCCCCGAACUUCUCGCAGUGGCGCACACUGUUUGGAGUCAUGUUCCAGAAGAGCAGCGUUCUCGCUCACCUCAACGGCGCCCCGCGCCGUGCUGAUCCGGCGUGGCUUCAGGACGACGCCCACAUCCUCUCCUGGCUCUACACUCGCGAGCAUCAGGCGGUGUUCCUCGCGACGGAGUUCUGCCGCAUCGAGCAGGGCUCCUCCUCCGUCAUCACCUACUUCGGUCGUCUGAAGGACUGCGCCGACCGCCUCGCUGACCUUGGGCAGUCCGUGAUGGAUCGGGAGCAGGUUCUGAACAUGUUCCGAGACCCCAUUCCCCUCCUUCCUCCGCUGUUGGGCGUUCCUUCUCCUCAAGAGAGCCGCCAGACCGCGGAUACUACCUCCGAGACGGCGCUCCACGCCGCCCGCACACCUGUGCCGCCCAACUCCGGCGGUGGCGGCAACCCUCGCCGCCAGGGAGGCGGCAACUCCGGCGGGGGGCGCAACCGCGGCAAGGGCAAGGCCGUGGACACCUCUGGGGGUGGCUCACACUCCGGCGGGACGUCCUCGUCGCGCUUCCCCGCCCCUGUCACGCCAUCCAACGUCGCGCCCUGGACCGGCAUGGUUCAUGCAUGGCCUCUGCCGUGGCGCCCACAUGCUCCGGGCGCGGGCGUGCUCGGCCCACGCCCCAGUGUUCCACACCCCUUCGCCGGCGUCGCCUCGCACUACACCAACGCGCCUCCCAGAAACGGCGCUCCGCACCCGAUCCCGGCGACAGCCCCUCCCGUGCAGUGGACUGCCGCUGUGCUGCCGCACCCGCUCUACGGGGCGCCGUUUACCGGUGGAGCUGGUGGCCCGUCGCCUGCUUGGGACCAGUCUGCCCUCGUGCACGCCCUCAACAGCAUGCACGUCCAGCAGCCGCAGCCGGCGCCGCCAACCGCCGACUGGUACCUCGACACCGGCGGCUCCGCGCACAUGGCGUCCUCCUCUGGUAUGCUUCAUUCAUUGUUUGCCUAUACUUCUUCUGCUAUUACAGUUGGUGAUGGGAGCUCGCUCGCCGUAACGCACAGCGAACACACCUCCAUUCCCACCACCACCUCUCCCCUCCACCUACGCAAUGUCGUCGUCUCCCACACCUUCUCAAAAACCUCAUCUCCGUCAAAGCCCUAG